AUGCCAGGAACUCCAGGCUCAUCCCGAUCCGGACGAGCCCCAUCUCGCUCUCCCUCAGGAUCCCCCGCUGGACGGGGGGGGAACAAGUCAUCGCCGCUCUCACAGUCCUCGCACAGCUCUGCCUCGCCAUCCCCAGGCCUAGGCAGAGGCCGUUUUACAACUCCGCCUCCCUCUGUAGGGUGGGGGUUUGGUGCUCCGCGAACGCCCCCGCCUCCUCAGCAUCGCGGUGGUUCGCCGAUGGCUAAUAUCUUCGGACUGGACGGGCAUAAUCCUCCGACUCAGAUAUCAGGACCGAAUCGCGGUGCCUCAUCUUUAUCCCCGUCGCCACGGACGGGUUCGAGCCGUGAACAGUCGGCAUCUCCAAGCCCUCAGCCUGGCUACGGCCAUGCAGGGGCACCCGGGCCUUGGGAAUUUGCCCCGGAUAUUGGACUGACGCGGGACGCCAGGUACUACGGCAACUCGUAUCAGCCGGUGCGUAUGACAACAAGGCAACGGGGACGCGGACUGGGUUAUUCUUUUGGGCGUGUGCCAACCAGCAGUCCCUCCUCGCCGACGAGCAGCUCUUCGGUCUCUGCGCCGCGAACUCCCCCUGCCCAGAUGUCCAAGAGGCCUCGUGAUGGUUCCACACCUCCGUCGGGUGCAGGCCCUUCAAAGGAGAAGAGGCGGUGA